UGUAUGUAUAUAUAUGUAUAGCCGGAAGAGGAGGUCACUGCGUUCUUCUUCACUCCUCCCUCCUUCCUUCCUUUCUUUCCUACUAGCUUAGCCAGGAGCAGGAGUACUUACCUCUUGCAUAAAUAAUUGACAAAUUAAUUAAUUCUACAGCUUAUAGUAUAUAUUUAGUAGCUGGCUAGCCUCUGCCAGAUCGCCCGCCGGCGGCCGGCCCGAGAUCGAUGGAGGUCGAAGCCAUGUUGCCGCCGUCGCAGGAGCAAAGAAAGCUGGUGCCGGACCAGCUGAAGCAGAAGCAGCAGCACAUCUCCGGCGUCGGCGUCGGCGUCCGCUACCACGGAUGGAAGGCCAUGCCGUAUGUCAUAGGGAACGAGACAUGCGAAAGGCUGGGGACGAUCGGCACGACGGCGAACCUGCUGGUGUACCUGACGACGGUCUUCCACAUCCCCAGCGUCCGCGCCGCCACCCUCCUCAACGUCUUCUCCGGCACCACCAACCUCGCCCCUCUCCUCGGCGCCUUCCUCUGCGACGCCUACCUCGGCCGCUACGCCACCCUCGCCGCCGCCUCCUUCACCUCCUUCCUCGGCAUGCUCCUCCUCACGCUCACCGCCGCCCUCCGCUCCCUGCACCCGCCGUCCUGCACCUCCUCCUCCUGCCAGGGCCCCACGCACUCCCAGCUCGCCGCGCUCCUCGCCUCCUUCGCCUUCCUCGUCCUCGGCGCCGGCGGCAUCCGCCCCUGCAACCUCGCCUUCGGCGCCGACCAGUUCGACCCGGGCACCGCCGCCGGCCGCCGGGGCAUCGCCAGCUUCUUCAACUGGUACUACUUCACCUUCACCAUCGCCAUGAUGGUGUCCGCCACGCUCAUCAUCUACCUCCAGAGCAACAUCAACUGGGCGAUCGGCCUCGCCGUGCCCACCGCGCUCAUGGGCCUCUCCUGCGUCCUCUUCUUCAUGGGCACGCGCCUCUACGUCCGCGUCCGUCCCGACGGCAGCCCUUUCACCAGCUUCGCCCAGGUGCUCGUCGCCGCCACGCGCAAGAGGCGCCUCCCUGCGCCGGCGCCCGCCGACGACCUGUUCGACCCGCCGCACCGGAGCAAGCUGGUGGCCAAGCUCGCGUACACGGACCAGUUCCGGUGGCUGGACAAGGCGGCGGCGGUGACAGCGGAGGACACGGUGGUGGUGGGGCCGGACGGGAGCGCGGCGGCGGCGAACCCGUGGCGGCUGUGCACGGUGCAGCAGGUGGAGGAGGUGAAGGUGCUGGCGCGGAUCGUCCCGGUGUGGUCGACGUCGAUCGUGUACUUCGUGGUGCUGACGCAGCUGGGCACGUACACGGUGUUCCAGGUGAUGCAGUCGGACCGCCGGGUGGGGCGGUCGGGGUUCGAGGUGCCGCCGGGCUCCAUGGUGGUGUUCAACAUGCUGGCGCUGACGGCGUGGCUGCCGGUGUACGACCGCGUGGUGGUGCCGGCGCUGCGGCGGGUGACGGGGCGGGAGGACGGGAUCAGCCAGCUCCAACGCAUCGGCUUGGGGCUGGCGCUGUCGGUGGCGACGAUGGCGAUGGCGGCGGCGGUGGAGCGACGGCGGCGCGGCGUGGGGUCAGGGUCGUCGUGGGCGUGGAUGGUGCCGCAGCAGGCGAUGGCGGGGCUGUCGGAGGCGUUCGCGGCGAUCGGGCUGAACGAGCUGUGCUACAAGGAUUCGCCGGAGAGCAUGAGGAGCGUGGCCGGGGCGCUGUCGCCGCUGGGGCUGGCGGUGGCGAGCUACGCGAGCGGGGCGAUGGUGACGGCGGUGCAGUCGGGGACGGGGUGGCUGGCGCAGGACCUGAACAAGGGGCGCGUGGACCUCUUCUACCUCGUGGUGGGAGCCAUGGCGGCGGCCAACCUGGGCUACUUCGUGGCUUGCGCCUUCUGGUACAGGAGCAAGAGGACGGACGGCGGCGGCGGCGAGCUUGAAAUGGAGUUCGACGGCGGCGCGCCGGCCAUGGCGUGAUCGAGCGUGACAUGCAGACAGCUCCAUGCAUUGCAUUGCAUGGUGUCCAUGAAACAAAUUCUCACUUGACUACUACUCACUAUAUAUACGAGUCCUACCGACAGUAUGAAAAUGAAACAUAUAUACAUCUUCUCUACCUAAAAAUGUGCAGCACGAAUCGAUCCGGUUUAUAUGUAAAUGCAGGGGUGAAUGAAGCUGCAAGAAGAAAACAAAGAGAAAACCGAGUAUAUAUAUAAUUUC